AUGCACAAGGCAGCUUCUUCCACAGCCUCUGCCGGGGGUCCGAGCUCGACAAUUGCUGCAGGCUCAGUCGCGAGCCCAGAGAAGCGUAGACCUUCGGCUUUGGCGUUUUGGCAGAAUCGAGCGAAUCAGCCGAGCGGACUUGACACACAGCCUGGUCAAGCGUCUGCGGUCAGUUCUGGCUUGCGCGGACGAGUCUCUGAGAGGCAAUCAAGCGCCGAUGUGGCACACGCGGAUGCCCUUGAGGGCGCGUUAGCCCAGCGAGGGGACAGACAAGGUGUCGAGCUUGGUCAGAACACGCCUUCUGGCGCUGCUGGGCCCAGUGACCCUGAACGUCCGACGCGAAACGAUCACAGUCCUGGCGAUCGGAUGCGCAGCUUGGACAUGAAGAGAGGAGGCAGCUCUCCGAUGCCCACAUCCGAUCGAAGCGGCAGUGAUCCGGGUCAAAUCCCCAGCAGUCCGAACGCACGCAGCGCUUCAACUUCUAGAAGAGGCAGCCACGACAUCUCCAACAAUGCAAGCGCAUAUCGCCAUCUCGACGGCCAAAGUUCCUCUGGGCCUGGAAGAUCCUCUUCUCGUCUGUCCCGCUCAUACAGCGACACAUCUGUGACAGAGCCGGAAGGUUCGACCUCUGGCUCGCGGCGGACCUCUUUGCGAAUGAGUGUCCCUUCUGAAGAUGGGAGACUCGACGCAAGUCGACCUAUAUCCCCUAGAGCUGUGUCGAGAUCAUCAAAAGCGAGACGGAUACUUAUCAGUGAAGCGCGAAAAAGACAGGAAAAGCGACGCAGCACUUCUCGCAAGAACGCAGAGGACCAGGAAGAUGAGCUCGACCCCCGCUCCGAUGGCGAUGCGGAUCUCAGCGAAGAAGAAGGCGCUGACCCGUUUGUGGCAGGCCAGCGUCGACGCUUCAGCGAUACACUGGCAGCCGAUGCGCAGAAUCUGGGUGCGCGCGCAGUUGCGGAAGUGGCCGCGUCCCUUGCUCCUGUUCACGGGCUGAGAGGAGCCAGCGCCUUAGACGUUUCACGGUCUUUAACACCUGGGGCAAUGUCCAGCAGCACGAGGUCUUUCCAUGAUGCGACCUCGAGCCCAGAAGGCAGCGUGGGGAGCGACAGCACUGCAGAUAGUUUGCAAGAUCGCUCGAUCAUGGUCGAAGCGCGCUCUACUCCUGUACAGCACUCGCCAUACGCAAGCAACGUCAAACGUCGAUCUAGAAGGCAUGUGGAACGGGAGAGCGAGGAAGACGACUCGGGAGACGAGCGGCCAGAGAGACUGUCCCCCAGACCUUCGGAAAUGACUUCCUCGUCGACUCUGCGUCAGGAUGCCCUUGAUGAUGAGAGGGACUACCGCGAACACUCUAUAGCUUCAGCAUCUCGCACUCUUCAGCAGACCAUGUCAGGCGACCCUCUUCGACCGCACGCUGACGAAGACGGGCACGCGAUGGCUGAGCAAGAGCAGCUGCGGACUCCACCAUCGCGGAGUGACAGUGCAUCGACAAUAUUUGGCUCUUCCCUAGCUUCUCUGUCACCGCCGAUGUCCCCCGACGUCUCGACCGGUUCAGAGUACAGCAGCUCCAGCCGGAAUCUGCGACAUACUACAAAGAGUGGAGAGGGCGGCCCGCUCUUGCGGCUCUCCAGACACGCAAAUUUGCCACCGCCUCGACCUUCUCCAACGUUGCCGCCUCCUCCAACGCCUUCUACCGCUACUCCUCGGACCAUUGUAGCUGCGCAGCGAGCAUCUCCGUCGCUCUUCGACUCUUCUAGCGAUCCACUGGCACCCGCGAGGUUGCGCAGCCAAAGCUUAGGACACGCAGGCAGUAGUCUCGAGCGGCAGAGCGGUCCGUUGCUCUUGCCUUCAGACGCACCACUUUUGACUGCCAACGAGGCGGUCAGCCGAUCGCAAGGUAGUAGCCACUCUAAUCGAGCCCGCUCGGGAGCAAAGGAUCAUCUGAUGUCCAGGACUUCGAGUGGUGGAUGGCGUCCUGGCAUUGCGAGCAGCUCUUCCAGUGCAGUGCACCUGCCUCCAACUAAAGAAGAGGAGCUACCUUUGGCAUUGACUACGGCUCCGCUGCCAUCUACAUCACAUGAGCAGACAGAGGAGCGCACAAGCCUCGAAGGAAUCCCAAGAGCUCGGGGCAGACCGAGAGGAGCUACCAUCGGUGCUCUCCCUAGUGGUCAGACUGCUGGCCUGGGUUCUCGGUACACUGCACCCGCUCGUACCCGGCCACGCUCAAUGCUUGCGAAUGAAAUCCUCAUUCCUGGCGGACCCGAGAGAGCCGGAAGCGGCAGUGAGACGGGAGAAAAUGCGCUUGAGUUGCCUUCAGACGCGUGCGCGUCUACAAGCUCACGCGGCGACGCGUCCGGCGUCAGCGCACCCAACGGUUCCUCGCAGUCGCGCCGAACAUCUAUCAGCACGCCAAGUGCCGCAACGACGGACACGAGCAUCGGAAGCAGCGACCCCAGUGCGAAUAACCUUCCAACGUUGGAUUUCAGCUUUUCACGCAUGCCAAGCCAUCCGGUCGAGGCGGGAGCUCUUUCUCCAGUCGUCACCACCCUCAACGAAGCAUCAGGUAGAAGCUCAAAAAGCAACAGUAUCAGUCACAGCGCCGACGAGCCUGCAGAAGGACGAGAAACGAGAUCGAUGAGCAUCACUUCGGAGACUGCGCGAACCCAGCCACUUCCAGUCUCUAGCGCGGGCAACGGGUACCACACUCCUUCGAGUAUGAUCAGCGGUGGACGCAGCCGAAGCGGCAGCACCGCCAGCCUCCUGCAACAAGUACAGCACCCGCGCUCGCACGCCAGCUUCGUCAUUGCCGUGGUGGGUCACGCAGGCUCGGGCAAGUCGACUGUCAUCAAAAAGGGUCUGCGUCAAUUUGGCCUGUCCAAGCCGCAAAUUCUUUCGGAAAAGAUCGCCUCACAUUCGACGCUGUGCAUUGUGGACCAGGAACAGCGCACGAUCGAAGUUCUCGAGAUAGAUGCCAUGGUCCUGCUCAAUGGCCCGAACAAGCGCUUUGCGUGGCCAAAGUUCCUUCCGCACAUCGAUGCUGUCAUUCUUUGCUAUGAUGCGGCACACGUGUCGUCGUUCCGAGGAAUGUCCGAAUUGCUGGGUGAGUAGCUCUGAACUUUGCGACCACGCAGGGUAGUGAGUGCCGAUGUUCACUCGACGCUACAUGCCCCACAGAGAAUUUUGCGAUGCAAGAAGUCUGCACUGUGAUGCUGGCAUGCAAAUCAGAAAUCUUCCCCAAGAAGGUGGAUCCGUACUACGCCUCCGACAUGGCUGCCGUGUACAAUGUAGGCCUUGCAGAGUGCAGCGUGCAAAGUGAAGAGGGCAAGAAGCGGAUGCGAGACUGCUUUUCGUACCUUGUGAAGGAGGUGGCGAAAGCGCGAGGCAGCCGAAGGUCCAAUCCAGACUCGCUGGGUAUGGGAAAUACCAACCGCAGCUACUCGGAUUUGCCCGCGAGUGCGUCGAUGAGCUCAUCGGGCAGCCAGCACACCAGUCCUGCACUCAGCUCCGGCGGCUUCUCUUCCUCGGGAGCAGCCGACAACAGUCGCCUUGCUCGAUCCGUCCAGCAGCAGUUGCACGUACAACAAGGGCAUGCUCACAAUGCUGCGCGCGCCGGCAGUACCCGAAAGAUGAGCGAUGCGACGGUGGCUUCGAUGGACGCGCCGUCCUUCGCUGGCAGCCACGACACGGAAGACGACGCUGCAUUCCAGCAGAGCAUCUCUAAAGCGCAACUUGGACUGCAAAGCGCCAAGUCGGCGGGUGGCUACAUUAGUAUUGAAGAGCUGUGGGAGCGCCUCUUCGUCGGUGCGGUGACGGGUGACGGUGAGAUGUGCUGCGAGCUUGCAAGUCGAGCAGCAGCCAAACUAAUCACUUUUCUCCCCAUCUACCAGACGAGAAUUUCUUGCCCAUGUUCAUGACCUUCUACAGAGGUUUCGCACGCCCAGUCGAGUUGCUGCGCCAGAUCAUUUCGCGCUUUGACAAAUUAGCCGAAAGCGAAGCUUCUGAUGGCAUCGUGCCCCGCUUCUCUAUGAUGCGGUAAGCUGGACUGGUACGAAAGCAGCAGCGCCAAAGCCAUUUGUCUGACCUGAUUCCCCUCCUCGUCGUGCUACUCGUAGCUUGACUGCAAUGCUCGGAAGCUGGAUGCGAGAAUAUCCUGGCGACCUUUCAGGCUCAGAGACCUUCGCUCAACUCUGCGAGUUCUUCGAUCGCUUGUUGCGCCACACCGCCACGAUGCACGUUGCCGCACCUCUGGAGCCCCUGCUCGACACUGUGCGCCUUUCUGUGGAUCCCGAUGCCGCAUGGAGCAAGAAUCAGGACAACGACAAACCUCGUUCUGUCGCAGCCGAUGUGCCGCCCGUCAGACCCAAUCUUCCUGCAGGCAGAACUGGCGCCAGCAACGACAGUGCCGUGCACGCAAACGUGGCACACCUCGCCAACGAGUCGUACCAAGAGAUGAACCGGCUACGAGCCUACUCGGACAGCUCUGGCAAUAGCGCACCGCUGCCAGAAGCUGCUGUCUCCGGUGAAAGCAACCAGCAUCUCUCCCGUCCAGACCUAUCUUCGAGGCAUCGCAGCGCUUCUGACGCCACUGAAUCGAGCGAAGGUCAGCGCAGCGGAACUGGCAGCACGACGACAAGCUCCAACUCCAUCCCGCGCCUACCGGCAGCACCGAGUCAGGAAGCCAUUCAGAGCGCCCCAUCUCUACAUACGCCGGCACCAUCACUCGUAUCGCCAUCGAAGUUGUCACAGUCAACAACCCCUUCGACGCUCUCGAAGAUCUCUUCUGGGCCGCUGGAGUCAUCAGAGGGCCUUACUGGGACACGUAAAUUGGCGCUUCGCAGCGUAUCUAACGCGCUGUGCGAUUUGCACGAGGAUUCGAUCGCUCAAGAGCUCACUAGGAUCGAAUGGGGUCUGUUUUGUGCCAUUCGACCCCGGGAUCUGCUGCGUCACAUUCUAGUGGCGAGAGAGCUGCGAGCGAAAGACGGACCAGUCGCUCGAUCCAUUGCCCACUUCAACUACGUGUCGUACUGGGUCUGCACCAUGAUUCUGAUGCAAAGCAAGGCGAAGGUUCGCGCGAAGAUGCUAGAGAAGUUCAUGAGGGUGGCAUCCUUGUUGCGGAACGUCAACAACUACAACACGCUCCAUGCUGUGCUUGCUGGUCUCGGCAAUGCCUCAAUACAUCGACUCAAGACAACUCGAGAUCUUCUCAAUGGCAAGCCUGUCAUCAAGUCGUAUCAGAGUCUUGCUCGCUUGAUGGGCAGCGAUCGAAGCUUUGCUGCUUACCGAAUGGCUCUGGAUAAUUCUGCAGGCCGUACCAUCCCGUACCUGUGAGCACCCUUAGAAGAUUUGCGCGCCCGCGCAAGCUGACCUCACUUCGCUUGCUUUGUGAUCACAGCGGUGUGCAUCUGCAAGACAUCUUAUCGACCUCCGAUGGCAAUCCUUCGAAGCGCGCCAAUGACGGCAUGAUUCACUGGCGCAAGUUCAAGUUGAUGGACGAAGCAGUGCAGGCUAUCACGCGAUGCCAAAAUCACGACCCGCCAGCUGGUCGGAGCAACACCAUGAUCGAGAAGCUCAUUUUGGACUUGCCAGUAUUAGACGACGAUGUAUUAUACGCUCGGUCGCUAGCUGUCGAACCACGGGCAUCUGCGCAUGCUGGCUCUACCCUGACAUCGAGCAAGAUCAAGGAGUUCUUCCACGCGAACUGA